GUCAGCGAUCAGGUGGCAGCCCCAAGGGAAACUGAUUGCUCAGCUCCGCCCGAAACGAAUCGAAACAAUAACACAAACUGUUGAGUUAAUCCGGUACUUUCGGAAUCCACUAACACAGAUUCGUUAGCGCCAUGUCCACUUUAAACCGCCCCAAGUCCCCACACACGCCCACUGCCAUUAAAAAGGGCGAGAAGGAGGACAGUUUCUGGGACAAGUUCAGUACUUUGGGUCGCAAACGCGGCACUCGCGAAGUGAAAAAGGUUCAGGAAGAGGGAAAAUACGCCAUUGACUCACCCGGAUCGCCCAGCCAGUAUGACAUCCCGCCCGAAGAUUACGCACUGCGCGAGCACGAACAGCGCGCCGUCAUUGAUCCGCAAUCCAUCAACGAUCCCGAGGUGAUCAAACUGCAACGUAUCCUCGUCGAUUGGAUCAACGACGAGCUGGCCGAACAGCGUAUCAUUGUUCAGCAGCUGGAUGAGGACAUGUACGACGGUCAGGUCCUCCACAAACUUUGGGAGAAACUCACCGGCAAGAAGUUAGAUGUCCCGGAGGUUACCCAGUCGGAGCAGGGUCAGCACGAGAAGCUGAACAUCGUCCUGAAAGCUGUUAACCACACACUUGGUUUUCACCAGAAGAUCCCUAAGUGGUCGGUGGCCAGCGUGCACUCAAAGAAUAUUGUGGCAAUCCUGCAUCUGCUGGUGGCUCUAGUGCGCCACUUCCGUGCUCCCGUUCGUCUGCCGGAGAACGUUUUCGUGACCGUUGUAAUUGCUGAAAAGAACGCGGGAGUGCUAAAUGCGCAAAAGUUCCAAGAGCAAAUUACUUCAGAGUAUGAUGACCUAGGCAUGCGCUGCGAAAAGGAUGCCUUUGAUACGCUGAUCGACUGUGCGCCGGACAAGCUGGCCGUGGUCAAGAAGUCCUUGAUCACUUUUGUAAACAAACACCUUGCCAAGUUGAACUUUGAGAUCAGCGACCUAAACACCGACUUCCGUGACGGUGUUUAUCUUUGUCUCCUAAUGGGUCUGCUUGGGGGCUUCUUUGUCCCGCUGCAUGAGUUCCAUUUGACGCCGCAGGACGUCGACCAAAUGGUAAGCAACGUGGCCUUUGCCUUUGACCUGAUGCAGGACGUUGGCUUGCCAAAGCCAAAGGCGCGACCUGAGGAUAUUGUCAACAUGGACCUCAAGUCCACCCUGCGCGUCCUUUACAGCCUUUUCACCAUGUUUAGGGACUACGCCUGAGUGAAAACCACAUAAAGCUAGCCGCAAUGGUGCAGAAAUUGACGCCAAUUUUACAUUUUAUAUUAACUUUUUGUAAUGUUUACACGCUUAAUUUAUGUGCGUCCUGAAGUUAGUCGUAAACGGUCCGGCGGUUGAAGCAAAUGGACCAAAAUUAAACACACUUACUGUCCAUACUACACAGAGCAUUAUGAGCAGAAAAGUAGCAUUACCGUUUACAAUUAGCUUAAAGGAUGUUUAUAUAUAUUUAUAUUUAUGUGUCGUACGUCUAACCACUGCGAUCUGCUCGGACCCAGAUUGUUCGAAGCAGAGCAGAGAAAAGCUAACCCAAACCCAAACCCGGCGGCCAGUUGUUAACUUGUCUUACUCACGUGCCAGACGUAGUAGUUGUUACUAAGUGAAUUUACUGUAUUAAUACACAAUAACCGAGAUUGUGCCUUCAGAUCACACAGACCUUUUGCAAAUUAUGUCACAGAUCCAACCAGUAAAUGUAAAAGUUUACGGAAAAGUUUUUAAAAAUUUUGUAUUGUGUACGUUAAAAAUUUGGAUUAGAAAAAUCAAUAAAUAUUGCCAAUAGCA